GUCGCCUCGAGUUUCAAACCGCCUCCCUCUCCUAUAAAUACUCCUCCAACCCAUCUCAUUUCUUCACUUCUCUUCUUCGAUCUUCAAGUUUUAACCGGUCUACUUUCUCUCUCUAGCCUUCUGCCAAGUAAGUUCUCCAGUCCUCCUAGUCUUUUAUUUUUCAUCUUCCCUUUUUUAACCGGCAACAUAAUGUCUUCUGAUAGCCAAAACAUCUCUGGCCAAUCCUAUGGAUCUGGCUUUCAGCCCUCUUCCUCUUCCCACUCUGAAUCUUCUUCUCCCCCUGUCACUCCUUUGAUUCGCCGCCCCUCUCACCAGUCUAGCUCCCAGGCCCGGGAAAUUAUUGCCCAGGACCCUGUCCCUUUGAAUCAAUUGCCCGGUCGAUUCAAUCCCAAGGUCCUUAGCUGGGAGCAAUGGGAGGAACGACUGGGAUCCUUGGGCUUUCUAGCCCUUGAUGUCAGACCGGUGUUCAAAGAAUCUUCUAGGGUUACCAAAAAGUGGGCUGACCGGGUUAUAAAACCUGAAAGGGUUCAUCUGGAGCCCACCAAAGAUCUUGAGGACGCCUGCAAGAAACUUCUCAAGGGUGAUCCUGUGACCGGGAAACCUUAUGCCUAUGGAGGCUGGGUAUUCCGGCUAUCUAAUCCGGAUGGGGGUGAAUCUGCGACCCAUGACGCAGAAGAUGACCGGGCAAACUUCCCGGAUGGUCAUGCUGAGGCCAGUUCUCCUUGUCCAGACAUGAACUUCAACAGGAUGACCCCCAUCAUUGAGGACGACGACGAUGAUGUCCAAGUCCUCCACUCCAACCGGUCUCCUAAUCGCAAACCUCCCUCCCCUCCUCAAAACCUUGGAGCUGAAGGGGCCUCAACUGCUCGGUGCUCUUCCUUUGACGAUCUCAUUCGAGAUAAGCAGGUUAGAGUCCUAUCUGAAGAGGUUGGCCAGUCACUCAUCGAGCCAACCAACCAGGUCUCCCAACUGAAUCUCCUGCUUGACUCGGCUAAAUCAGAAAUAAAUGACCUGGUCGAGAGGGAGAGAAUGUUAGAAGUAGAGUUGAGGGCUGAGAGGGCUUUGCUGGAGGAGGAGAGGGCCAGAUCUGCCCGGUUGGAGGAGGAAGGCAAGAGAAAGGUCGCUGAGCUUGAAGAGGCGUUGGCUCAAGCUGAAGAAACUGCCCGGUCCAAAGAAGAGGCCUUUCCUGACGAUGCUGCGAUUUGGGCCGCCUGCCACCACACUGAAGUCGCCCGGUCCAUUCUCACCAAUCCGGAGGAUACCAUGGAUUUCUUCAAAGUCAUGUAUAAGGAACCGGAAGGGAAGAGAAUGAUAACAGACGUCGGGUCCUAUGGGUUUCAGUGUGGCCAAAAGGAAGAGAGAUCUCUUCUCUAUGCCAGACUCCAGAGGAAGGACCCCUCUUUCGACCCGGCCAAGUUGAAGCUUCCAGCCCUAUACAAGGAAGAGCCAGCUCCCCCCUUUCCCCAAGAUUAGGUCAGGGUUUGAUUUAAAAACACCUUUGAAUUUUCCCAAGGCCUGGGGGAUGUCCGGCCUACUGACUUGCGUAAUAUUAUCUUUUG